GAAGAGGCUAUGAUCGACUCCGCAAGCAAUAUGGGAGAAUGAGGCUAAACCAGUAGAUCCAGCAAAUUCCUCUGCUGGACUUGGAACGAUCUUGAGAGGGAAGAUAUACAACCACUCUUGAGAUAUAAACCAAUCUACUCGGCGACAUCGUACACCACUGCAGACCGCCGUUAUCACAUAACCACACCCAUCUGUGCACAAUGCGGGACCGCCUUGUUUCAUUCGCCUUAGUCACCGCCACGGCCGUUUUGCUGCCCGGUGCGUACGCCGCUAGACCGUGCGCCGGUUCAAGCGGGGGCAGCUUCCAGUAUCCUCUCGGAGAAUUACGAUACGACAGUCCGGAUCCUACCAAGGCCGAUGGGCUAUCCACGAUCGCAGCUAGCCUGGGCCGGACCCCAUUGCACGAAUGCGUCGCGCAGUGGCCAGAGUCAUGGGCCGGCUGGUACGAAGGGGGAAGCAAACUGAUAUGGGCAGACUGUAUCUUCACCGGUGCUGCAUUCACACAGGACGAAACCGUGUCCUUCGCGGUGGAUUGGAAGAACAAGACCAUGUACCUGGCUCACACGUUUGCCUGUUCUGACCAGCAAGGGUCCGAAGGUCUGGCGACGGGGUCCAUCAACCUCGACCUCAACUGCACGACCGCAGAAGACAGCAGCUUCUGCGUCCUCAAGGGCACGGCCGGGGGUGCUCGCCCAGCACUGAGCAUCACCACCAAGCUGGCGUCGACCGCAUCCAACACCACCGCGACAUGUGCGGAGACUGCCAAGAAAUACCAGUCGUGGAAGCUGGAGCACUGGCUGCGGAAGAUUGAGAUGGAACCCGGGUCCUCGCCGACGAGCCCCAAGGUGGUAUCGGACACUGGUCCGUCAUUCUCGCUGCGGAACCUGGCGGACGGCGGCCAGUUGAGCUGCACUCCCUCGGGCCAGAGCAACGGCACCAUUGCAGGUGCUUGCCAGGCAUCAAGCGGAACAGGAACCUCAGCGAACUUCACGUUCGACACAAAGUUGAAUAUGCUGGAGAUCUCGCAGCAAUGGAAAUGCGAUAGCUCCUCGUCGUUCGAUGCCGCCGGCGUCUUCUACAUGCAAGCAGUGUGCGACCGGGGCCGCAACAGCGACCAAUUCACCUGCACCUCGCUCCCUGUUUGGGUUGGCACUGGAGUUGUAUGAGGGGUGCAGGAUGUGACGCUGCGUUCUGAGUAGGGCAGCAAGACAGGUCGAUGGUCAC